AUGGCGAGUGGUGGUUGCAGCAAUAAGAAGAAGGCAGUGAAGAUAGUGAUAAUCACUACAGAGUAUGUGGAAACUGAUGCCAUGAGUUUUAAGUCUGUUGUGCAGAAGCUAACUGGUAAGUGUUCUUCAGAUGAUGAAGCUACAGAAGCUCAAAACGUUAACAAUCAAAGUGGGUUUGAUGUGGCUGCUAGUGAAAAUGGUGAUGUUGGAAGAAGCUCCUUUUAUAUGAAUGAUUUGUUGUUGAAGGAAUAUUACAUGUUGCAUAGAGAGUUGCUGCCAAACGAGCACUUUUUGUUUCAGUCACAAAUUUAA